AUGUUGCAGCAGAUACUGCGCGACAUGUGGGUGGACCCCGAGAUCCUGGCCGAGUUGGACGAGACACAGAAACAGACGCUAUUCUGCAAGAUGCGCGAGGAACAAGUACGACGAUGGCAGAUCUGGGAUCAGAAGGUGGGCAAGGAGGACGAGCGUCCCAAGUUUCAGAAAAAUGACAAGAAACAAGUACAGUUUCUUAAGGGUGAAGAUGGAGAGCCGUGGGUGUGGGUAAUGGGUGAGCAUCCUGACGAUAAGUCCAUUGAGAGUAUCCUCGCGGAAGAGGCUCGACAACGCGCGGUGCAGCAGGCGCGAGAAGAGGCACACCAAUUGCGCAAGUCCGUAGAGAAAGAGCUCACACAGCUUAUAGACUACGAGCCUCUUGAUAGCUUGGAACAGAAGUUCGAAUUGUCUCCAAAAAGCAUCGACCCUUUAGAAGACAGCCUAGAGAUUUAUUGUACAGUGGACGAGCUGCGGCAACGUAUUGAAGCAUUGGAGCCCGAAGUGAAGCUCUCGGAGAAUACUGAAAUCAACAAACUGAAUGACAAGACGGACUUUGGGGAUAAUAUGAAGUUGAAAAAUACACUACACUUCAAUUUCAUCGAAGGGAAGAGAGACGUUAUGCAGGACCUUGGUUUAUCUAACAACGGUGAUGGAGUGAGCAACCGCGUUGCUGCGUGGGAGCGACGAGUGGCAGCGGCACGUGCCGGUGACAUACUCAGGGGGAUCAGGGCACGACGCGCGAGGACAUUACGGGAUGCACAGUUGCACGCACACGACGAUGACGUAGCCUGGCGAGAGCAGGAGAGGAAGGCGAAAGAAGCGGAGGCGGCGAUGCGGGAGAUAGCCCGCGCUGCUCGCGAGGCGCACCGGCUCAGCGCACUGGUUACUGUACCACCACCUGAAUUACCGCAGACUGGCAAACCUCCGAGUAGAGAAGCCGUCAUGGAAUGGUUCAAAACGAAGGAACUGAAAAAAGGUGUUGGUCUUGACGAGAACAACAAACCGGUUGAUUGGUUUCACGGUUUAAUAACCAGGUCAGAAGCGGAGCAGUUGUUAUCGGGUCAGCCUGCAGGCAGUUUCUUGGUGCGCAUUUCGGAGCGAGUAUGGGGAUACGCUAUAUCGUAUCGCGAGCCUGGCCGUUGCAAGCACUACCUCAUAGACACCGCUGGCGGAUACCGCCUGCUGGGUGCAGCACAGCGCUCACACCACACUCUAGCUGAUCUCAUUAACUACCACAAGACGGUGGCCAUUACGGAGAGCGGGGGCGAGCUGCUGAAGACCGCGUGCCCGCCCGCGCCAUCCGCCUCCUGA